AUAUGCCGUCACGGCUCGAGAGGAAAUGACGCCUUAUUGCGCAUGCGUCGUACAAAUGAAGUAACCUGGACUGUUUUUUUAAACUUCCGAUGGUUGUGACACGAAGUAGAAACCAUAGUGCCCGCUGUAGAAAUAAUGUACUGACAGCGCUUGUCAUUCGCGCAUCCGCUUUACUGCGCAUGCGCGACUGGCGGUUCGCGAUUGCGCCAAAGGGGAGAGGAUGUUGCUACUAGCCAGUCUAGAUGCAGUGUCGUUUUGACAACAAUAACAUCAUCAAAACUCGGAUCUUUGCUCACCUUUUUAUUGGAUUAUAUUGCAAACGCUUCUGGAAUUCGUACAACUUGGCUCGCGUUGGCUUAUUUGGUAGCUGUGUUUUAGAACUACCUUCUCUGUUUACAAUGGAAGCGGAGGGCUUUGCAGAUUUACCAGGCUCAUUUUUGCAGGAGCAGAAACGAGAAUCAUGGCUGGCCAGCUAGGCCGCAGACGGAGCUUUUGUGGCGAACAACGGGCGUAUUUGCAUACAAGAUACGCCAUAUUGGAUUGCUCUUACCGCUAAAAGGUGGCGCAAAGAGUCGAGUGUUUUUACCUGCAAUUGUCCUUUUUUGUUGUUGUGAGGUACAGAAGAUAAGGUAGCGCGUAGCUAGCUCCGCAACCUUGACUGGUUGACGUCGUCGUUAGCUCAUUAGCCGGCUAACGAGUGCUAGCGUUUCUUGGGCAGCAGUCAGUUGUCCAAUUCAAUUAAAAAUACACCGAGGCACAUUUUUGGAUCGACACUCAUUGUCGGGUUGUCAGUAAUAAUAAGGAUCGCCUUUAAAUUGGUUAAUUUUGCUCUGGAUGAAUGUGGGACAAAAUGGAGACCCCGACCAUUGUGUACGAUUUGGAUACGUCUGGGGGCUUGAUGGAGCAAAUUCAGACACUUCUGGCUCCCCCGAAGUCUGAGGAAGUCGAAAAGAGAAGUCGGAAGUUGGGGAGAGACGUCCGGAGAAGCGGAAGGGCCACAAACCACGACACCUGCGAUAGUUGUAGAGAAGGAGGAGAUUUGUUAUGCUGUGACCACUGCCCUGCAGCUUUCCACCUUCAAUGCUGCGACCCACCGCUGAGUGAAGAGAUGCUUCCUCCAGGAGAAUGGAUGUGUCAUCGCUGCAAUGUUCGAAAAAAGAAGCGAGAGCAAAAAACAGACCAGACCAAUGGCCUGCUGGAAAAAUCCUCUGCUAAGCGAGCUUCCUCUCCAACUAUGGAGUUGGAGCUUGGUGCUGGUCCACUGCGUCUUGAUGGCCUUCCUCCAGGGGCUGGAGCAGCCGGGCCUGGUCUUCGAGUGGCCCAGGUACGCCUCUUGGACCGUAGGAGUAGCAGCAGGCCUAGCAGCCGGCCAGGCACACCUACUUCCAAUAGUUCGUCGACCCCUACGCCCUCAGAGGAGCAGAAUGAUGGUGAAGAGGAGGUAGCUGAGCCUGACGAUGAUGUUCAGGGCACCGAGCAUGAGAGCUCUGCAUUAUCAUCUCCAACCCCGCGUCUUCUUAAGAGGCCCUUUCAGCUACUCAUAGCAGCUGCUAUGGAGCGAAAUCCUACACAAUUCCAGCUACCAAGUGAACUUACGUGUACCACUGCGCUGCCAGGCAGCAGUAAACGACGAAAAAGGGAAGAAUUACUUGGAAGGCCAUAUAGACGACCGCAAUAUGAACUGGAUCCUAACGGUCUGGUACCAUUACCAGUCAAAGUCUGUUUUUCAUGCAACAGGAGUUGCAGAUUGGCUCCCUUGGUACAGUGUGACUAUUGUCCUCUCCUGUUCCACACCGACUGUCUGGACCCACCACUUACAGCUUUACCUGUUGGAAAAUGGAUGUGCCCAAAUCAUGUUGAACAUUUAGUGCUAAAUCAAAGGAACCUUAGCCUGUCUAGUCGGUGCCAGCUUUUUGAUGAGUUUCAGGACAGAAUGUCCCAACAUGCUGUCAAGUUAGACUUCCUACGUCGGGUCCAUCGGCAGUUUUCACCAAAAUCUAGGACCACUCUGCAGUGCAAAAAAAGGACUAUUAAGGUGCCAGAUGCCAUCAAGUCUCAGUACAGGAAUCCGCCCUCCAUUCUACAUCCUGCAGGGGUGCGCCAGUUGGAGCUGGUUUGUAGUGGUGUCCCCGAACACCAGUCCGCAAAGUACCUCACCACAGAAGCUGAACAGCAGGAGUGGCUUCAGGACGUCAUUGCCCUCCAGUGCAGCAUCCUGCGACACUUGUCCACCAAGAAAAUUACACCUACAACGUCAUCACAGGACUCUGAAAAUAAAGACAGGUGUAAAACUUGUACAACACCAAUGGGCCUAAGAACUCAACCCUCUUUACAAAUACCUCCUUCUCCUGGUGCUGACUCUAAACUCUGCAGUACACCUGGUGACCCCCAGGGGUCCUCCUCAACACAGGAUACUGUAGCACAGCAGGUUGACUCAAAACCCUGCCAGAACUGUCGGAAACACAAUGGACCGCUCCCAGAGGAACCUCACCUUUCCAAAGCAAAUGGACCGUUAGACUGUAACAGUGAGUGUCAGAAUUGUGAGCAGACAGUCCCACAGCACAGACUAAAACCCUGCACCAACGUGUCUGACACAGUUGCUGCCACUGACCUGAUAAACCAUGUAGGAACUGAAACACUCAAAAAGGAGCUUGAGAUAUCUCCAGCUCACACUGUAAAACACAUCCCUGUACCUAAAACAACAUGCUCUGAAACCAAGCAGCAGAAUCAUAUGGUUCAGGCAGCGCUUCAGAUGGAGUGUAUGGGCAACAACAUCAAAUCCUCUGACUCCAUUACCAGCCAAGAACAAGAUACAAGCAACAUUGAAUCGUCAUCACCAACUCCAGAUGUGAAGAGUGGGCUGGGACCGGCAGACUCAUUGAUAUCCAGUUCACUCUCCUCCAUCUCUAAUCUCUGCAUUAAAGAUUGCAUGGAUGAUAAAGGAGAGAUCGAGCUAGGCAAGCUUGAUAUAGAGAUGAUCAAGUUAUUGGCAUGGCAGAGGAUCCAGCAGUUAUUCCCUUGUAAAGCCCCUAGGUCUCUACCUACAGACAUCAACGACGCUUCCAAACCCCCUGCAUCUCUCCGUGACUCUCAGAAGAAGCUUCAGGCUCGAGCAGUCUUCUACCCACUGACAGGAAAAGGAAAGGCUGUCAGCAUGUGCUAUAGGACGUUGUACAUAGGAUCUGGUGCUGACAUGGAUGUUUGCCUUCCUAACUAUGGUCAUUGCAACUUUGUAUCAGGGAAACACGCCUGUAUAUUCUAUGAUGAGAAUACCAAGCAUUAUGAGUUGCUUAACUACAGUGAGCAUGGCACCACAGUGGACAAUGUCCUUUACUCCUGUGACUUCUCUGAAAAAGCGUCCCCAUCUCCACCUAGCGGGCUCGUGUCUAAAGUCCAAGGCAUCAUUCGUCGCAGCAAGAAGUGGGUGAAGGACGAAGAACCCCCUGUUGCGGGAUUGCUUCCAGCUGGUGGGGUGAUGAGCAGCCACCCCCAAGGUGGCUUGGAGCAUUCGUGCAGCUGUAAGGCAAGCAGUUCAAGCAUGAUUGGAGGAAGCGGGGCAGGGUGGGAGGGCACUGCCAUGCUCCACCACGGUAGCUACCUCAAACUCGGAUGCCUCCAGUUUGUGUUUAGCAUCACAGAGUUUGCUAGUAAGCAGCUGAAAGAGGAAAACAGCGUCACGCCUGAGACCUGCAGCAGCGGCGCUUUUAGCCUCACGCACACCACAAUUCUGCCACCUCCCCGCAACACUGCCACAGCCAGCAGCCCCUCCAGUCAGGAUGAGAUGGAGACCGUACCUUCUGACCAACUACUCAUGCUGAACUCCAACUAUGUCCCAUAAUUCAAAAGAGGAAAUAAUCCCCUCACUGCGUUUUUGUUUUGCACCUUCUAAGAAACAGCAACUGUAAAGCGGCACAGUUGACUCGUGGACAGGGAUUUAUUAUUUUUUUCCUUUUAAAUAAAGGUCAUUGUUAAUGAUUUAUCUAUUUGCAUGAACCUGGGAGUAUAAUUGACAAUCUCUUCUAUUUUUUACAUGACUGACAUCAAAUUUCCGUUCACGCUAGACCGACUUUGUGCAAAAAGUAUUAGUCUAUGCUCAGUUCUUUUGCCAGUAUGUUAUGUAUGAUGUAACCUUUCUUUGUCAGUCUGUCUGUUUAGCACAAAUGUCUCAUUUUAUUGUUUUGACUUAAAUGCAUUCUUAUUUCUUAGGCUGCCAUUGCCACAGGUAGCUCUAUUUGUAUGACAAAAGUACACUACCGUUGGAAAAUUUAGGGUCAUCUAGAACGGUCUUUAACGUGUGUGUUUGUCAAUGACCAUUGAAAUGUUUGGCUGGGUCACUCAUAAAUGCUCUUAUUUUGAAAGCCAAACAUGCUGUUUUUAAAGGAUAGUAACACUAUAUUGAUUUCAAAUACAGUCUAGAUUUGUUAAUAUGGUAAAAGAUGUUUUUCUUUUAAAAGUGAGGGCAUUUCUAGCGACCCCCAAAUGGUAGUGUACGUGCUCAUAUGCUAUGUACAGCUGUAAAUACGUAUGAGCCAAUGCCUCUCAAUUGGAGCAGUGUUGCAUUUCACAUGUAGUCACCAUUUUUUGGCUUUUAACUGUACAGACCAUAAAAUUUGUGAUACUGUGUAGACUACCAGAGAUUUUGUGAUAAACCUUGUUCAUAUUACUCUGCUAUAAUCCAUCUGUAAAUACGCUGUGAUUUUAGCACUCAUUUUAACAUCGUGUGCUGCUCUGUAAAUAAGCACUCUUUCUGUAGCUUCUCAUCUUCUCAUAACUGUAAAUACAUAAAGAUUUUCUAAGUACACGCUCACUGAAUCUGGUGGCCC